GUUGUGUUGUCCUGGUAAACAGAACACACCCAUACAUCAAAUUGUGUUAUGAGGAUGUAAAACGGCUUUCCCAAAAGCAUCAUCUCUGAAAACCAUCAUGACGGCAUUCAACAUCAGCCAACCAAAUGAUUCAGUAUCACUGGAGGACCUCUUGUGGGAGGAAAACGAAAACAUGGCAAAGACUCUAAUCCCUGUCAUGGCGUUUGUAGGAUUUAUAAUGGUGACUGGAUUCUUUGGGAACAUUUUAGUGUGCUACAUAUUCACAAGAAAGAUCCCUUUGUCUGUCAAUACGUUUCUUCUCGUCUUCCUCGCGGCACUGGACUUGGUGAACUGCACAUUGGCCAUGCCCUUCGAAAUCAUGGACAUGCGCUAUUUUUACCUUUUUGAGAGUGAAGUAACAUGUAAAAUAUUUCGCUUUAUUGUAGCAUUUCCCAACAUCGACUCAGCCUUUGUGUUGCUGAUCAUUACAAUAGACAGAUACAAACGGGUGUGUAAGCCCAUGUCAAUUCAAAUGACAUUUAGGGACUCCAGGAAGUAUGUUACCAUAGCAACUGCUGCUGCUAUACUUCUGUCUUUGCCAGCUCUGCUGAUAUACGGAUCUGAAACAGUGGAAACAAGCACAGAUGGACUGUAUGGACAGGAUUGUAAAUCUAGUGACACAAUUACGGGUUCAGUAUUCCGUUUUAUUUUCCAGUUACUUUUGGGGGUAGGUAUAAUUAUGACCUGUGGAAUUUUAUGUUAUAUUUAUAUCCACGUUUGGAGAGAAAUACGGAAACAUGAAAUGAACAUUCGGAAGAAAACGCAGUUCGUCCUCCUUGAUAAUUCAAGGAAACUUAACAUUACAAGUACAAGUCCAAACCAUCAAAGUGAAGAUACACAAGACGAACCAAAUGGAACACCAAAACGUGAGAUGACCAGCGGUAAACGAAUCACCUUCAUUGCUUUUACCGUGACAGUCGUCUUCUUGUUGAGUUAUCUGCCCCCUGGAAUCAUCAUGGCGGUCCGUAGUGUUCCCGAUCAGAAAUGGCCUCUUAGUGGAGUUUUGAGUAGAAUCUUUAUUCGGUUCUACUUCCUCAGUUCUAUGACAAACCCCCUUGUUUACGGGUUCAUGAGCAAAAGGUUCCGACAAGAGUGUUUUAAUGUAUUUGUUCCAAAACGUCUUGUAAAAUGGCGAGGUCGCCGAAGUCCGAGGUUUCAGUCAACCAUAAACUAUGAAUAAAACUGCCGAUUUGACGGGUGCACUUUUGUGGGUACAAAGUUCAAUCGGCACAUAUUUUGUCCCUCAAAUCGCUCAUGCGUUGGCUUAGGCAUGAACGUGUCAAAGCUACAGCAAUCUUUGAGAAACAAUAUUUGAUAAUCAUGAUUAUACGUUAUAUGACAGGAUAUUGUUGUGGCUACUGGUAGACUGAUAGCUAUUAUAUACACUUAUACAUUGUAGUCUUCAUCCUGCUCCAACACAUUGUAUUCAUGACAGGAGCAGAUUCUCAGUCGCUUUUCAAAGAACCUACAUCCACUUAAAAAUGUCAAAUUUAUCCCUAGCUAUAAAAUUUUCUUGUGCCUUAUAAAACAGCCUGGGUUCCCUUGAAUGCUACUACCAUAUCUUUAUAUUCGAAUGGCUCUUCAUGUAUUUCGCCACAUUUCGCUGUGCACAGAUGCGUCCAGAAACCUAUCCCUGUGGGUUGGAAUCCCGGUUCGCCAUGAUUAUGUUUCUAGGUUUGUCAGCAUCAUACCCGUGCUCGCUGGUUUCACAAACGUGGUAAACGUCUGAGACCUGCAUCACUUCGGCCUUUCCUCUCACAUUGAGCUGACAUGCCGUGAUAUAACUAUAAUAUACUUUUCAAAGUGGCGUUAAACCCAACUCACGCACUCACUGUUAUUCAUAUUCUUAUCACCCUUGUCUGUGAACUGUGUCUUGUGUAAAACAGCGACAGGUAUUUGGAUGAUUUUUAAAUUACUGAACUUGUUUUACAAAUUGAUAUGGAUCUAUUCUUUGCAUUGAAACGUCGUGACUAUAAGAAGUGUAGUAAUUCUGGGAUAAGUGGUAAACUGGAUAAUUAGAUAUCUUUGGUUCAGGUUGUAACCACUGAAACAGAUUCGACUGUUUGUUUUGUUUGUUUAUUUGCAAUAUUCCAGCUAUAUGACGGCGGUCUCUAAAUAAUCGAGUCUGGGCCAGACAAUCCAGUGAUUGGCAUCAUGAGCAUCGAUCCACGCAAUUUGGAUAC